CCGGAAGUCCUGGUUCAGUGGCGGAAGCGGUGGGAGUGGCGCCGGGACCUCUCCGGCCAGGAGGGUUAUCGUUGGUUCAGUUGAGGCAGCGGCGGCGGCUUUGCAUCCAGAACCCCAGAUGGAGGCGGCCCGGAACCCCAGGCCGGGGUUCUGUUGCAAGCCUGGCGGGCGGCUGGACAUGAGCCACGGCUUCGUGCACCAUAUUCGACGGAACCAGAUCGCUCGGGACGACUACGAUAAGAAGGUGAAGCAGGCGGCCAAGGAGAAGACGAGGAGGCGGCACACGCCCGCGCCCACGCGGCCCCGCAAGCCGGACCUGCAGGUGUACCUGCCGCGCCGCCGAGAUGACUCUGUGGCCCCAGUCAACCCAGAUUGUGAGGAAUCCGGUGAAAGCAGCAGUGGUGGCUCUGAGCUGGAGCCUUCAGGCCGUCAGCUCUUCUGCUUAGAAUAUGAGGCGGACAGUGGAGAGGUCACAUCAGUUAUCGUGUAUCAGGAUGAUGACCCAGAAAGGGUGAGUGAAGAGGUGUCAGCACACACUCCUCUGGAUGCACCCAUGCGAGAGGCCCUCAAGUUUCGUAUCCAGGAGGAAAUGACAAAGCGCCAAAGCCGACACUAACCAGGUGGAAGGCGUUCUUUCCAGGCUGGAAUCACUGCACUUGGAAGAAUUCUGCCCAGGGAGCUCACUUCUCGUUUGGAGGUGCCAGAGAUAGUCUGUCUGAUCUUCAGACACACCCCCCCACCCCACCCCCCGCUGCUGCAUCCACAAAGGUGUUUUGCUUUUUGGUACCGGGGAUUGAACUCGAGACCUUUCGCUUGCAAGGCAGGCAGCAGAACCACUGAGCUAAAUCCCCGGCCCUUACAAGGGUGUUGCAGGACUACACCUGGCCCACCUUCCUUGCAGUAGUUCUUUCUUAUAUGUUGACAGAUUUGCCUGGCCUGUCAUCCUGGAAUUGUUUCAGAGUUUUGUAUGGCUAACUUGUGGAAGCAGAGAUAUAGGGGAGUCAGGGUUUAUGAAGCCUUUUACUAACAUAUUGCUUAUUGUCUCACUGAGGUCAUAUGCCUGGCCAUUCUGUGAGCCAUGCUCCACCCAGCUCCAGGGGCCAUGUUUGUUCUUUUUCACGUUUCUGUUCACUUCCACCCUUGUUUUUCUCAAUCUUUUUUUCUCCUCCACUUUCCCUCUUUUUGCUUCAGGUAGAAUUCAUCAGUUCUUUUCCAGCCCCCAGGACUCAGGAGGUGGGAGGGUCCUGGAGAUCUGCCUAACAAGUUCUCCACGUGGUUCUUGAUACCAAUACCUCAGGAGACCUUUGUUUCUGAGGCCUACUUGGAAGGUUGUCUCCUUCCCCUUCCAUGGCUUCUCCGGGUUGCUUGCAGGCUCCAUCCUUUGCACUCUGUAGAUUGCCUCAAGACAAAGAUGCUGGGCUUAAGCAAUAAGAUUUCUUGCAGUUAAACCUUCCUUGACACAAUUUCAGCUUUUGAUCCCAUCCCUAGCUGUGAAUAGCUAUCACUGCUCAGACUAAAGGGAAAUUAUCAAAACAAGCUUAAAACUGACUCUCCAAUUGUGACUUAACAGUCUUGAACAUAUAGAUGAAGUGAAACUCAACUUUAGUAAUAAUUGAAUAUUUGGAGCCUUCGUUUUAAGAAAAUUCCUAAACAACAAAUGCCGUAGGAAGUAAAAUGGUUCCCUUUUCUCUGCCCCAUGUUUUCAUUUUGUUACUUCCUAGCAGUAUAUAACUCAGAUGCUUAAAGAUCCCUAAGAGUAGUAAUGCUCUCACCUAGAGAAUUAAAAAAAAAAAAAAGUACUGGGUUUGAAACCCAGGGCCUUUUGUAUGGCAGGCAAGUACUCUACCAAUGAGCUAAGCUCCCAGCCAUUAGGAAACAUUUUGAAACACAGGGUUAGGCUAAGAUAGUUGUGGGUGUAGCCCAGUGGUACCACAUAGCUAGCAGUUGUAAGGCCCUGGGUUCAAUCCCUAGCACCAUAUGGAAAAAAAGGGUUAGGCUAAGGUCUGAAGUCCACAGGGCAUCCUGUGCACCAAAGUAUUUGUUCUCCAGGAAAUCAGCCUACCCUCAGUGACUUGCAGUGUUGGGUGUACAUGAGCCUGUGGGCUUUGAGACUUACAAAAACCAAAGCCCCCUGCCCCAGGGGUUUCUCUACAUCAGGGUCUCAAGAUCAGUCUGUUUCAUCUGAGCAGCUUUUCUUUUAAAGCACACCUGAGGGCACUGCACCCCUGAAAAGCAGACCCCUCAGAAAUGGGGCAAGGCAGCUACUUCAGCUACACCAUUUAGAUAUUAAGCACUGAACCACAGCUUGCAUUCCCCGAGGAAUGCUGGCACAGUGAGUGAGGUGGUAAGUUAGAAAGGCCUGGUUAUGAAGAUAGCCUGGGACCAGAGUGCUCCAGACCCAUAUUGCUGGCCCAAGGUUAAGUGCCUUAAACUCACAGCCUAGGGCUCAGUUCUGCUUUCAAAGGAGAAAAUCUUUGCCCUCUACUUACUCAACUGUGAAAGAAGUGCCUUUGGAUUUACAGUGUUGUCUGCUCUCCAUAACCUCUGGGCCAAAGUUUACCCUCUUCCUGCAAGUCAGACACCCAGUCAUUUUAGUCUUCCAGCUCUUCAACAGAUUUUAUGACUUGAAACAGAAUUUCACUGGAACUCUGAUUUCUUAGUCUGGAAACACUUUUGGGCUUUGUCUUCUCACAGCUGAAUCAUCUAUUUCCUGGUUUUAUUAUAGAACCUAGAAAAGAAGACCUGACAAGUACCUUAAGGACACAGUACUUGCAACUUUAGCCUCCAUUCCUGUGUCUUAGAAAGGGCAAGGUAGUAUGUACCUGUUGUGUACUUUUUUUUUUUUGGUACCAGGGAUCGAACUGGGGUCCUUGCACUUGCAGGGCAGGCCAGGGAACCACUGACCUAAAUCCCUGGCCCCCUGUUGUGUACUUUUGUGCAUGUGUCAUGUGAUCCGUACAAAAACCCUCAGGUACUUAUGUAAACUUUUUGCUUUUAAACUUUUUUUUCCUUGAGGCGCUUUGCUCACCAAGUACAAAUACAAUAUUUUCUGCCUGAGAAAGUACCUAAUCUUACCUAAUGUGUGCAGUGUACUGUCCAGCUAAUUCACCAGACAUGCCACCAGAUAUCUUUUGCCUCUUUCAAAAAUUGGUGUUUUGUCAUCAAUGAGCAUGUCUAGUGUUUCUUACAGGCUCUAGAGAUGUGCAGUGGCAGCAGCCUUGGAUUAGGUGGAGCUUUCCAGCUGGCUGCUGUAGAAUCAACAUUCAUUUGAUUCUGUAUGUUCUUGGCUAUCUUUUUCAAAAAGUCAUUUUAAAAGUCAUCUCAUGCCCAGUCAAAAGGGAGUGCUGGUCCCUUAACUGAAGUUGAGCCUGGAUCUUAAGGCUUUGUGUUUCCUGGGCCACAAUGGCUGAUGUUACUCGUAGAAGGAAGAUGGUGUGCAGGGGCUUUGGGCUGUGCAAGAGUAAGCACUAUGGCUGUGUGUGGUGGAGCAUCCCUGUAUACCUGUACUCAGGAGGCUAAGGCAGAAGGAUCGCCAUGAGUUCAAGGCCAGCCUAGGCUAGUGAGGCUCUGUCUCAAAAAAACAAAAACAACAAGGGCCGGGGAUUUAGCUCAGUGGUGCCACCACCUGCCUCGCAAGCACAAGGUCCCAAGUUCGAUCCCUGGUACCAAAAACAAGGAAGAGUCAACACUGGAGUUUGAGUAGUAGCCCACUGGCAAGCAUGGAAGUCUUUGAAGAAUGUAAUACAAGAAGGGAAAAGAAUAUAAAGUUGUACAAAUAGAGUGAGAGUAGGAGCUUCUGGAGCACAGCCAGCCAUUGGGUCCAGUGUGGGCAUGGAAGAGCCUCUGGAAGGGACAUUCCAUCUCCCUGGUCUCUGAGGGCACUGCCCAUGCUGAUGGGCGGAAGCCCUUUGGAGUGGUGAGUAUCCAACCUGCUGUACAUUUGGCAGAGUAGUGGAUCCCCAUGUAGCUCAAACUUAAAUGAGACGGGCUGGGGAUUUAGCUCAGUGGUUCCGGCGCCUGCCUCGCAAGCUGAAGGUCCCGAGUUCGAUCCCCAGUACCAAAAAAAAAAAAAAAAUGAGACUUUUCUGUAUAGAAAGAGGAAUAAGGACAAAUUACUCUCCUACCUCUGAGCUGUUUGGAAUAACCACCUUAGAAUGUUGACAGUUACCUGAAACAUUUUAUCUCCUUCAAAUUCCUACCCUGUCUGAGGAAUCAUGUGACCAAGUAGCCAUGGGCACCCAUCCCACUUUUCUGUAGAAGUUGGAGUAAUACUAGAAGUCAGAACUUCUUGAGCAUUCAAAUGGCUCCUCUGCCUCUUCAGAGCCAACACAACAGAAGGCUGGUGGUACUGGCUGUGUCGUGGUGCUAAACAUACAAAAAGCCAUACAUUUUGUUUUCUUGUUUCCAGUGUUUCUGCUGUGUGGAUGAAUAAAAUGAAGUGUACACAUUACUUGAAAAUCUCAGAAGGGUAUUUUGCAAAUACAGUAUUUUUUGUAACCAAUAAAUAUUUUUACAGCAUUG